AUGAAAUCCGCAGCUAUUCUCUCCCUCCUCGCCGCCACCGCAAUUGCCUCCCCAACACUCCACGGCCGCACUCCCAGCGACAAAUCUGGCAAAGAGAAAAUCGCAUAUGACUGCGAAGACCUCACCAUCCCUAACCCCGGCGGAGCAGAGGGCCAAGGCGAAGGCGGCAGCGGAAUCUUCACCCAAUCACUCAGCUUCAUCGACAAAGACGGCAAGAAUCACGGCGCUAAAUGCGAGAAGAGCGAUGGUGUAUGCGUGAAAUGCACAUUGUCGGAUGGUCUGCCGUCCAAGAUUGAGGUGAAUGCCUGUCAUUUCCCGGUUGCGGGGACAUGUAACAUCGACUUUGAGUAUAAGGGGUAUCAUUAUGAUACGUCGAAGAAGCAGCCGAAGUGUGGGCAUGAGGGUGGUGGGUUUCAGGCUUUUUCGAGCAGUCAGACUGCUAUUUGUUACUUUGACGUUUAG